UAAAAUCAGAUACUGUAAAUAACCAUGCUUAGUUGGAGACUUUAGAUAUAAAAACAGCUACUUAAUUAUUAGAUAAUGUAUUCAAUAUGUUUAGGCAUGUCAAUAGGGCAGCGCGGUGGCUUUAUUAUGACGACAAAGUUAGAUCAGUGCACUGAUGCGUGACAUGUUCUACAUUAUGAUGACAAUAGUGCGUAACAGUUACUGUAUUUUGACAUCAUAAUGCUCGCGUUCCAUAGACGGGUAUAAAUAGCAGCUCACAGAACUGCAGUCACUCACUCAUUCAAUGAUCAUCUGAGCGAAAGCGAAGAUCAUAGAGAGAGAGUUUUUAUCGACUUUACAAAGCGAUAAAAAGCUACAUCGAGUGCGAGAGUGCAGAAAUAUACGAGUUUACAACCACUUAUACGUAGUGUAUUGGUGUUUGUUCACACGUGUUUUCGUGUAACUUGACCGCUCAUCUAACAUAAUGUACUCCGGUUUGUCCCUCGACACCGAGGGCGGCACCCAGAGUAGAGACGAUGACGGGCUUGAAGUCAGCUUUUGGAGUGACUGGUUCCCUGGUCUGACCAUCAAUCAUUCACGGGAUUUGUCGCACUUUGCUGACGGAAAGUUUACGGAGGCGUCUAUUUUACGUGCUAUGGACGACAGUCCAGAAGUACGUUUGCCCCUCACCAACACCGAGGGAGGCAUUUCUAAGAGUAAAGGAGAUCAUGGACAGGAAGUCAGGAGUGACAGUUUUCCUGAUGUCAGCAACAUCCAGGCAUGGGAUAUGUUGCUCUCCAUUGACCAAAUGUUCAUGAAACCCUUUAUUAUACAUGCUGAGGACAGCAGUCCAAAAGCAUGUUUGUCCCCCAUUUCCACCAUGGGGGACAUCUUUGAAAGAAAAGGAGGAAGGGGACUUGAAGUCGGCGUUUGCGGUGACCGAUUCCUUGACCUGAAUAUCCAUCAGUCACAGGAUUCGUCGCUCUGCGCUGGCGGAAAGUUCAGGAAUGGAUAUAUUGCACAAACUGUGGACGACAGUCCAAAAGUGUCCCUCACUGACACCGAGGUUGACACCUAUGAAAGGAGUGAAGUAAGUGGAUUGGAAGUUGGCAUUUCUAGUGACAGUUUCACUGAAUUGAAUAACAUCCCUUCAGAGGAUUUGUCACUCAGCCCUGUCAAAAUGCCAAUGGAUUUGUCAAACACCGUGGACGACAGCCCAAGAGAACAAAAUGGCAAUGGGAGGACGAUGGCCGGGAUCCGUGGGUUCUUUAAGAGAACUUGUAAGGCUGUGACGAGCCUCUUUCUCCCUAGCCGCACUAAUAAAGUGGAACCUAUUGCUACCUCAAUAAUGCCGGACACACCUCCAUCUUCUGUAGGGCUGCCUGUCCCAAUUGUAUUAAGCCUCGAGCAAAGUUCAGGUUCCCACUGGCUCGAGCAUGCAUGUCCGGUUGAGGAUGAAAAUGCAGCCAAAGUUUGCUCAAUGCCGCAACAAACUUUAAACACGGAUUCAGAUUUUGGGGAAGCGCAUGUUAUGGACACAUCGGACAUCAUGUCUGCAUCCUCGUUGCACAUCGCUGGUGAAGAUGGCAAUCAGAGGCAUGGCGCUGAAGCACUGACAGGACUCAGUGCAAGCAGUGAAUUUUCACUGCCACCUGACAUACGGUCUGUUGAGGUGAAUGAUAUUUCAUCAGAAGCCAUAGAGAUGAAAAAGAGACACCAGUUAUCUGACUCCAGGAGGGUGACAGGAAAUUCAUCUGCAUCCGUAAGACUGGACAUUUUAAAUGACAUGAAGAAACCUAAUGGAACAUUCAGUGGGGUCAACCCAGAUGAACAACCUGUCAAAAGUAAGAAGAAAAAGAAGGAAGCAGGAAAAAUCCGUAGGUUCUGCACGAAUACCUGGAAGGCUGUGAAGAAACCCUUCACCCGCCAAAGCAAUAGAGCUAAGCCUAUUGUACUGCCACACAGAUCUCCAUCUUAUGAAAAACUGCUUGAGCCCACUGAUGGAGAUGUUCAGUCUUACUAUAGAUUGAAUAAUAUCCUGGGAAAAGGAGGAUUUGGGAUGGUCCGUGAGGGAACACGCAUUUCUGAUGGUCAAGAGGUCGCCAUCAAAUUUAUGUCCAAGUUGGAAGAUGACCGUACUAUUUUGAUUCCUGGCCAUCCCAAACCUCUGAUUACCGAAGUGGCUUUGAUGCUUAAGAUGAGCGAAGCUCCCUUAAGCCCAAAUGUGAUCAGAAUGUUUGAAUGGUUCGAAGACCCCAAGGAUGUAAUAGUGAUUAUGGAGUACCCUAAGCCCUGCCUAAGCUUAUGGAGUUGUCUCUCAGAACCACUGAGUGAAAACACAGCACGUGUUUUAAUGCGUCAAGCAGUACAGGGAGUAAUCGACUGCAUUGACCACGGCGUGUUUCACACGGACAUCCAUCCGGGCAACAUUCUGGUCAACACAAGCACACUGGAGCUCAAGUUAAUUGACUUCGGUUGUGGUCAGCUGUUGACUACUGCUGGCUACGAUAUAAGUCAGUAUAGAGGAAUAGCAGACUACUGCCCACCUGAGGUCUUUAAGAAGCGCAGAUAUCAGGCCAUCCCCGUAAACGUCUGGGGUCUAGGUUUGGUUCUGUUUAAAAUGGUCAACGGGCGUACAAGUAUGCCGUUUGAAAAUUCAAAGAAAGUCCAGUUUGUGAAUCCUGACUUAUCGGAAGAAUGUCGUAGCAUUAUUUGUAAGUGUUUAGCUCUUAAACCAGCUAAACGGCCCAAGUUAAAGCAGAUCUUGAAACACAGGUGGUUUAUUCAAGAAUGAAGGCAGGCAGGGUCUUCAGUUCAUCACUGCUGUCAGACAUGAGGGCUAAACAUAAAUGUGCUGGACAUUACACAGGACUGAGUUGACCAGACCAGACCUCAUUAAUCUACUUUUAUUAUUUAUUUAUUUUGUUUUGUCUUUAUAGUUAUACUUAUAUAUAUACUUUUCAUUAUUAUUAUUAUUAUUAUUUGUCAUUCAUUUUAUAUUUAUUUAGUUAUUAUUGUAAUAUUUUUACAUUAAUUGUUUGCAUUUUAGAUGUCGUCUUUACAAAGACUUUUCCUGAAAUAAUGUAACUUUUCUAAUUUUGAUAAUUAAAUUGUCAUAUUAAUUAAAUGUUUUUUCUUAAAUGUCAUUAUUUUAAUAAAUCAGAUAC